AUUAGAUUGUAGCCACUUAGAGCCACGCUCAUCAAACGGACAGCUCAUUCCCGAGAUAGAAACUAAACGACCGAAACCCUAGAGGAGAGAGAAAACAAAGAGGGAAAGUAAAUGGCGGAAGCGAAUUCUAGCCGUGGAGGAGGCGGAAGGAGAGGCGGCGGACCGAUGGAUGACGACAAGCUAGUCUUCGAGACGACGGAAGGGAUCGAGCCCAUCACUAAUUUCAACGAUAUGGGUAUCAAGGAAGACGUGCUUCGCGGCGUCUACGAGUACGGUUUCGAGAAACCAUCCGCGAUUCAGCAGAGAGCUGUUAUGCCGAUUCUCCAAGGGAGAGAUGUCAUCGCUCAAGCUCAGUCCGGUACGGGUAAAACCUCCAUGAUUGCUCUCUCCGUCUGCCAAAUCGUUGACACUUCGUCUAGAGAAGUUCAGGCAUUGAUAUUGUCCCCAACAAGAGAGCUUGCUUCACAAACAGAGAAGACUAUUCAAGCUAUUGGAUUACACGCCAAUAUUCAGGCACAUGCCUGCAUUGGUGGGAAGAGCGUUGGAGAAGAUAUCAGGAAGCUGGAGAAUGGUGUCCAUGUUGUCUCUGGGACACCUGGUCGUGUCUGUGACAUGAUUAAGAGGAAAAGCCUACGCACCAGAGCUAUUAAACUUCUGAUUCUUGAUGAAUCUGAUGAGAUGCUUAGCAGAGGGUUCAAGGACCAAAUCUAUGAUGUUUACAGAUAUCUUCCACCUGAUCUUCAGGUUUGUUUGGUUUCUGCAACUCUUCCCCACGAGAUUUUGGAGAUGACUUCCAAGUUUAUGACGGAACCGGUGAAGAUACUUGUGAAGCGUGAUGAGUUGACUCUUGAAGGCAUUAAACAAUUUUUCGUUGCUGUUGAGAAAGAGGAGUGGAAAUUUGAUACACUGUGUGAUCUUUAUGACACACUUACUAUCACUCAAGCUGUUAUCUUCUGCAAUACAAAACGAAAGGUGGAUUGGCUAAGUGAGAAAAUGAGGACUAACAACUUCACAGUCUCAUCAAUGCACGGUGACAUGCCUCAGAAGGAAAGAGACGAGAUCAUGAAUCAGUUUCGGUCAGGCGACAGUCGUGUUUUGAUCACAACAGAUGUAUGGGCACGUGGUAUUGAUGUGCAGCAAGUUUCUCUUGUCAUCAAUUAUGAUCUCCCCAACAACCGUGAGCUUUACAUCCAUCGUAUUGGACGAUCUGGUCGUUUUGGGCGUAAGGGUGUUGCGAUCAACUUUGUUAAAAGCGACGACAUUAAGAUCCUCCGGGACAUUGAGCAGUACUACAGUACUCAGAUUGAUGAGAUGCCAAUGAAUGUAGCUGAUCUUAUCUAAAUGACCGUGUCUGAAUGAGAAGGUUUUGUUCAGAGCUUGUGGUCAUGCUGUUGCACUAUCUUAUGAUGCUUCAUACCUACCCCCUUUGAUGUUAGGUUUAGGGUUUUAUUUUAUUUCCCUUGUAUUUGAUUUUGGUGUUUUACACUCAAAAUGGUUCACUAAGCUGUAUAAUUUUGCUUAUAUUUUCUUACUAGGUAAAAAGUAAAAUCUCUGUUUUAGCUAACCUUAA